GACACAGCAUCGCCCACAUCAGGCACAGGGCUCUGCACCAAACCAGUUGCACCUCCAGUGGGGACACGGUUUGCAGAUCCAGAGCCUAAGACAAUAAUAAAAACAAUUUAAAUGACUAAGGUAAAAACAAACAUGAUAUAUAAGUGUUAUCAGUAACUUAACCACAGAAACAAAUACCUUCACCAGUUUCAAAGGUAAUUGAAU